GCUUCCGACGUGAGGACGCUCUUUUUUACGGCUGUGCACGCCGGCUCUUUACGCACGCGGGAGACCGAGAAGAAAGCCGUCUUUAGCCAACGUUACCGCCCGAGCACCGGAAAGCGGAGUCCUCGUCUAUUAUCCGUGUGCCGAACGAUCAUUCCAAGCCCUGAACUUUUCAUCUACAGGAACACAACAAGCCGGUACACUACACCAUGCCUAAAAAUAAAGGUAAGGGAGGUAAAAAUAGAAGACGUGGUAAGAAUGAAAAUGAGUCUGAAAAGCGAGAGCUGGUAUUCAAAGAGGAUGGGCAAGAGUAUGCGCAGGUGAUAAAGAUGUUGGGCAAUGGCAGACUGGAAGCUAUGUGCUUUGAUGGUGUUAAGAGGUUAUGUCACAUUAGAGGAAAACUGCGAAAAAAGGUGUGGAUAAACACGUCAGACAUUAUAUUGGUCGGCUUACGAGACUAUCAAGACAACAAAGCAGAUGUUAUCCUAAAGUAUAAUGCAGAUGAAGCCAGAAGUCUGAAGGCGUACGGUGAACUUCCAGAGCAUGCUAAAAUUAAUGAAACCGACACAUUUGGCCCUGGUGAUGACGAUGAAAUCCAAUUUGAUGACAUUGGAGAUGAUGAUGAAGAUAUUGAUGAUAUCUGAUCAGAUAGGACGUCUUUUCCAUUCCACUUGCUGCGGAUUGUUCUAGUUUUGAUGUUUUCGAUUUGAGUGAAGUCCUCCCAUUGAGACGACGCUCUCCCUUGGCUCCAAUAAAGUUUUUCUGUUUUAAAGUAUUUAUAUUCUUUCAGUAGAUGUCGACAUUACUGGAUGUUCUGGAGCACCCGAACAGAAAAAUAUCCUUUGUCCAUAAAGAUGGUAAUUUACACCUUUUUGAGUUGUGUUUAUCAUUUUUAAGGUUUUUUUUUUUUGUAUUUUUAUUUUUUUCCUUGUAAUUUAUCAUGGUUACUUGUUUGAGCCAAAUCCACACUUUAGAGUUGGUUCAGAUGGGAUGCUCAAUCUCUCCACUGGACGCCUUCAUGUAUUAUUUUGGCUGUGGUGUUGCAGACAGCAAUCCAGGUGGUGAGCGACGCUUCUCAUGUUUUUACCAUGAGUUUUAUACACCCUUCAUCAGUUUCAAUGCUUUUCUUUGCAAUUGUUUUAAACUGUUGUGCGGAAUGAAUAAAUGCCACUGUACAGUAACUUCAUUGGUGAAAUGCUCGAAGAGCCCUACCUACAGAAUUACCCUCUGCAUUUAGCCAUACUUUUUUUCCACAAAAAGCGAAUUAUUUUAUUUUUUAUUUUUCCCGCAAAUAAAUGCCUAACCAUAUGUUGCUUUUGGGUUUUUAAGAGCUAUAUAAAUAUUUUUUACUAUACAAAGUGCUUUUACCAUGCAUUUGACUUGCACACCAAAAGA